UGCCGUCCGCACAUGCCCGGUACGCCGAUUCGUACCGCCGGAAAGACGACCAGACACACGAUCGUCAUACCGCCGCCGUCAAUCCUGCGUAGGUACACCGUCACCGUCAAUUCACGUGUAGGUACCGUACGAGGGCUUUGACGGGCUCACCGGCAGUGUCGUCAUGCAGGUGGUAGUGCGACAGUUUCGGAGACAGUCGUCAGCCACACGACGACGGUCAUAGCCGUGACACGCGUGUCAACACUUGUCUUCCGGCCGUUUGUUUACCCCUCAGUCUAACCCAAUAGCAUAACACCCGAUUCAAGGCCAUAUGACCAUGGCGCGUCAGUCCGCGAUGGUGACCGCCAUCAUAACUGUCGUACUCGGGACUUGCACGACGGCGUCAGCCCUAGGGCAUGUAGAUAAACCUACAGUUGACGGAGGUGGUUGUCCUUCACCCGGCCUGACGCUGAAUGGCACUAGAGUUGUUCCACGGUCGGGCAUGUCACCGGACUUUUCAACACUGUCUGAGGUGAAAUUCCCAGCACGCCUGCCGUCCCCUUCUGGCAAGGGAUCGGCUUCAGUGGCGUCUUCGUACUCCGUAGAUGCUGAAGCGCCGUCCAGGAUCUGCAAGAUAAAAUGUGUGUCGGGCCAAUGGGUUGGUCCCCUGUGCCAAGAAGUAAAUGGGGAUGGCAGAUUUCAGCCAAUACUAAAAUCAUGUGCAUUGGAAGAAGUGCCACCAAAUCUCAUUUUAUCAUUUAAAAAUCGGAUUAUCAUAGAAUUCAAUACGACAAUACCACACAAUAGCACAAUAGCAGCGCGGUGUCAAGAACCUAUUGGCACAUACAAACUUAGCGGACCUCCAGUAUUAAAUUGCAGCAAUGGCAUUUGGUCGAGUCCAAUACCGAAGUGUCAACCAACAACUCUAUUCACUAAUUAUUCAGAAAACUCGCCUCCGACAAUUUUGGUACGGGUUCCAUCAGGAUCAGCAGCUGUAGAUCAAAAUGGUGGACUAGUCGUUUUCCCUGGAUCAAUAUUACACUUAGAAUGUCUUUAUUUGAGACGACAUGGCGAUCCGGAAUGGACAUGGACAUCUGAGGCGGAAACUUAUCUUACCGGAUGGGCGAUAGGAAACGACGAACGCAACUGGAAGUAUCGAUUGUCUAUUUACUAUGUAAAACAAUUUGAUACAGGCUCUUUCACUUGCACUACUUCACGUGGCAUUAACAAUACUAUAACACUCCAAGUUUCAGAUAUUCAUUGUAAGCCAGUGCCCAGCAUGGAUCUCAAUCCUCAUCUCAACUAUAGAGCGAGUGGGCAUAGGCUUGGUCAGACAACAUACUUCAACUGUCCACCUGGAUUUUUCCUAAAAGGUUCAGCAAAUAUCACCUGUCUUCCUUCAGGAGACUGGUCGAAUUCGCCACCAGAUUGCAUCAUGGUUAAGUGUCCGCCAAUCAGCGUAGACGAUUCCAGGUUGAUCAUGGUUGAGUACAACGACACGUACGGCAAACGAGCAGCAUUCAAAUGUGCUUGGGGCUUUCAAAUGUCUGGUGUCAAUUCGAUUGAGUGCUUGGCGGAUUCCACGUGGUCGCAUCGAAUACCUACGUGCACCGAAAUUCUGUGUCCACCCCCGGUUGUGCCACUCAACGGUCUCCUGAUCGAAGAUUCAGCACCGGGACGUCAUGUCGUCGGUUCCGUGGUACAGUUUUCUUGCGGUGAAAAACAUCAGCUUAUCGGAAAACCCAGCAUGGUGUGCACAGAAAAUGGCACUUGGUCACACUCCACGCCAUACUGCAAAGCCAGAUGCGAAUACCCGGGCGAGCCGCCCAACGGACGUAUCAUACCGCUGAAGUUCUGGUACGUGCCGGGCGACAAGUUGAAGAUCACAUGCCUGGCAGGGUACGUUCUGCCACUGCCACUGGAGGCCAGCCCACCUGUAUGCCUCGGCGACGGCACGUGGUCGCACACGCUGCCCGAAUGCAUACGGUACACAAACGUGUGAUCGGAUGACGGAGAUCCGAUCGAGACGUCGGGUCCGGGUGGACGAACACUUCGCGGUUUCGCGGACAGUGCGCUCUUCCACGACCGCCACCGACGGAUGUUUUAUAAUAUUAUUUAUAGUCAUAAUGUCGUGUAACAUGCGUCUAAUAUAACAAUAUUUGUACGUACCCGUCACAGUUGUAAUUUUAAUAUGAUAAAUUGUAUUCUCAUAUAGGCGUAGGCGCAAACGGGUGGGGGAACAUGAGUGCGGCUCAAUUUUAAUGCCCCCCCCCCCCUCGAGAAUGUAUUAGAGAGAAAUACGAAUAUUACGGAGUGAUACGUCAUAUAGGUAUAAGAAAUGUAAUUAUAUAAUUAUGUGUUUACAUAGUAUUUUUUUUAAUAUCAUAUAUUUAUUCGGUGAGUAUUGGCUACCUGCAUCGAAAUAUUACGUUUACCACGACAUAUAUUAUAGACACCGGUGGUCAGCAUCUUGAUUAUUCAUGUCAUACGUCAUUAGCUGACGAUAUACAUUUAUGGAUCAUUAUGUGUACGCGAUACGUGUCUAAACAAAUCGGUCACAUUAUUUUGUUACAUUUUAGUCGUCGUCGUAAAUAUAAAAAAAGUAUUAUUUAAUUUUUUGUCAAAAAGUAUGCCACUUAAAAGUAUAGUGAUAUUGCGGUCAAAGCGGAGCGGUUAAAAUUUAUUUUAGGUCUUUGUUACUUGUACAAUAUCAUCAUAUCGAUUUGAUCUCAUCUCAAACCCCCUCCUCCAAAUUUUAAACUCUAUUUGCACCUCACGUUGGUAUCUGAUCACGUUAUUGUUAACUCAUCCUACUUCUGCAGUCCGCCGCCGAUUAUGCAAAAUAUAACAAUUAUAUGUGCUAUGUAUACGUGCCUACUAACAAUAUUGGUAUAUAGUUAUUUUACCGUCAAUCGCGACGUAACCACGUGACGUCAUACUCAACAUACGACUACCCUAGUUCAAUCUUCUACGACCAAAACAAUUAUGUAGACGCCUCAUUAUAAUACCGUCACCCACACCAAUCCACCCGUCAACUUGUCUAUUAACCAUUAGGUAUACAUUAAUUAUGAUUAUAGCUUAUAAUACAUUGUUAUCAACUACCUUUUGCAUUGUACAUAGGUACCUACAUCGAUGUCUACGUACUAUUAUUUUAUGCACUUGAAACCAUUGCAAGUAUAAUGAUACCAUGACGUGCACCAUUGUCAAGUCAAGUGCGUCGACUCGUUAAUAUUGUUAUAAAUUGAUUUCAAAACCGUCUACAAUCACAGCGUAAAUAUAUUAUUGGACACUUCUACGGUGCGUUGUCACGGAAAGCUCAUGUCAACGGUCUAUUAUAUUGUUGUAUAUAUAUAAUAAUAUAUCUGUCAGAUUCCCCUAUACUGCAGUGGCUCAUGUUUGAUCCCGACAAUUGCGCCGGAUUCCCGAGUAACUAUAUAUAGAUAUAUUUACGGCCAAAGGCGAUAAUUCCGAUUGUGCGUACUUUCUGACUACCUACUUUGCCUAGCUUUAUUUUCUGCUCUUUUCCUCUUUUUUUUUAUUAUAUUGUAUUUGAACUUAUGUAAUUGACGUCAAAUGAAAAUGGAAAAUAUAAAACGCUUUUAUCCUUUCGUUCGGAAAAACGGGAUAAAAUCCCUUGCCGUUUUUCGACGAAAAAUAUCUGCCAGUCGAUGUUGCUUUUCAUUGCGAUGGUUUUCGCGUUGAGAAAUGUACUUAUACAUCUCCAAUAACCAUAAACUAAAAACAUUUUUAAUCAUCGAUUUUAUUUCCAUUCGUUUGAGAGACUUUAUAGCUUGCGAAAUAAUUCAUGUUACGGCAGCUUAUGCUUAUUACCACAUUACUAUUACCACGAUGUAAUCAAUACUUAAAUAGUUUAAUGCCAUAAACCUAUUAGUUCAAUUGGUAUUAAGUAGGUACAUUGUAAAAAUUAAAAUGAAGAUAUAUUAUUUGAUUUUAAUUAUAAAAAAAAAAAACUACAAUAUACAUGGUAUGAAUGGUGAAGAAUAUAUCAUUAUCAUAUUAUGAUCAUAUAAUAUUAAAGAUGAUUUUUUUAUGUAAUAUUUGAUUGUAAUAAUAUAAUAUAAUUGUAUAAUUAUAGUUAUUAAUAAUAUCAUAAUUGUAUCACUUCGUGUUUGAAAAUAUAAUAUAGAAUCUUAAUGUUUAAAUUAAUUAUCUAUACGCAUGGUCCAAGUUGAGUUGUUGUUUGAUCUGUUUUAAAUAUUUCAUGUAUUUUAUUCAUGUAUAAAUAAAAACGCAUAAAUCUUUUUAUAUCCUCCAUUAAAAUUAAUUGAUUUUCGAUAGUCCUUUAAAAUGCAUGGUUGAUAAUUUUAAUGCUUAAUAUUAAUAUAAUUUUGAUAUUUCCAUUUUUAUAGAUUUUCGUGCUUAUUUCUUUAUUUUACAGCACUUUAACCUGCAUUCUUUAGCGUAUUUUGUGUUAGUGCCAUAUUAAACAUUUUUCAUCCGGAAGCAAGCCAAUUAUAUAGCUGACGGCCUUUUUCUCAUACAUUGUAUUCCUUCAUUUCAAAAAUUUGGCAUCCUAUCAAUGUUUAAAAUCCAAGUUCAGUAGCAGGUGUAAAGAAAAAUAUUGCCAGGAAAUUGAAUUUGCUGUUUCUGAAAUUUGUUACUACGGGUUACUGUCAUUUUAACCUUUCAAGGUGCGGCUCCGUCGUGCAAACCUUUAUAAAGAUUCAACAUCAAUUUACUGUGGGACUUUUAAGUAUUUAGUAUUUUACUCUUAAAAAUUAGCACAUCAUUGCUUCUCAAACUUACCAGACCCACGCAUAAAAUUGUGAACAUAUUGCAGAAUUUCAAUGGUUUUAGUAUAAUGACAUUAGUAUUUAGUAUUUACAUAUACUUGAAUAUGACAAGUAAAAUGCAACAUUUAAAAUAUUGUCGAAAUUAUGAGAAAACUAAUAGUAUAAAUACGCAAAGUUUUUAUAUUAAAAUAAUAAAAUGUAUUUAAUCUAUUUAGACUUGAUAGAGAUUUAUGUUAAUGGAAUAGGUAUCUACUAUUAUAUAUAAAAUUACUCUUUUUGUAUAUUUGAAAUAUUUAAAACUAAUUUAACUAAAACAGUGUGAAUAACAAUGCGAAAAUAAAUAACCACCAUAUUUUUGUAUAUUAUUUAAUAUUUACUAUUUUAGAUAUAUUAUUAUAUUAUAUAUUAUUAUAAUAUAUGUAUUAUGAUUAUUGAUUUAUAAUGUAUAUUGUAUGUACCUAUUUGACAUUUUCAAAUAAUAAUAAUA